AUUUUAAUAGAGGGGAAAAAAAAAAAUAGAAUGUCUUUAUUUAAAUAGCCUCAAGUCUCCCUUAUAAAUCCACUUCGCUCAUAUCUCCCACUUCCCCCAUCCCUCUCCAUCUCCAAAACUUUCUGGAAUUCCUUAUUGAGCAAACUCUAGCACAACCAAAAAACACAAAAGAACAUACACAACUGAUACACUAAGGUGCAUGAAAAAGAUAUCAAUGGAGGAGAUAGCGUCGCCAUCUUCUUCAUCCUCCUUUAUGUCGUUUUGUCAGGACUCUUCUCCUCCACUCCAACAACGCCUCCAGUUCAUCCUCCAAAGCCGACCUGAAUGGUGGGUCUACGCCAUCUUCUGGCAGGCAUCCAAGGAUGCCACUGGACGCCUUGUUUUAUCUUGGGGUGAUGGCCAUUUUCGAGGCACCAAAGAAUUUGCAGCCAAAGCUUGCAACAAACAGAACCAGCCCAAAUUCGGGUUCAAUCUUGAAAGAAAGAUGAUUAACAAAGAAUCCCAAACUCUUUUCACUGAUGAUAUGGACAUGGACAGAUUGGCAGACGUGGAUGUUAUUGACUACGAAUGGUUUUAUACAGUAUCAGUAACACGAUCUUUCGCUAUUGAUGAUGGAAUUCUUGGCAGGACAUUUGGCUCCGGGGCUUUUAUUUGGUUGACGGGUAACAAUGAGUUACAGAUGUACGAUUGUGAGAGAGUUAAAGAGGCUCGUAUGCAUGGGAUACAGACUUUGGUCUGUAUUUCAACCUCUUGUGCAGUUGUUGAAUUGGGCUCCUCGAACACGAUCGAUAAAGAUUGGAGCCUAGUGCAACUCUGCAAAUCGCUGUUCGGGGGAGACACAGCCUGCUUGGUCUCAAAGGAGCCGAGCCACGAGUCACAGCUUCAGAUUCCUAAUACUUCUUUCCUUGAUAUUGGCAUGUUUUCAGCUUCUCAAAAGGACACUUCUGCGGAGAAGCAAAAUGAAGGCGACAAAAAGAAAGAUCCCACAGGUCAAGGCCGCUCAUCAUCUGACUCGGCACGUUCUGAUUCUGAAGGCAAUUUCGCCGCUGGAAAUACUGAUCGGCUCAAGAAAAGAGGAAGAACCCAACUGAACGGCAAAGAAUUGACUCUGAACCAUGUUGAAGCGGAGAGGCAGCGUAGAGAGAGGCUGAAUCAUAGAUUCUAUGCACUCCGAUCUGUCGUUCCUAAUGUGUCAAAGAUGGACAAAGCAUCUCUACUAGCAGAUGCUGUUACUUACAUCAAGGAGCUCAAGGCCAAGGUUGAUGAAUUGGAGUCCAAACUACAAGCAGUAUCCAAGAAAUCCAAGAUUACAAGCGUCACCGACAAUCAGAGCACCGAUUCCAUGAUUGAUCACAUCAGGUCCUCUUCAGCUUACAAAGCCAAGGCAAUGGAAUUGGAAGUGAAAAUUGUAGGAUCAGAAGCCAUGAUACGGUUCCUGUCCCCGGAUGUUAAUUACCCAGCUGCAAGGUUAAUGGAUGCGCUUAGAGAAGUGGAAUUCAAAGUUCAUCACGCAAGUAUGUCAAGCAUCAAGGAGAUGGUGCUUCAAGAUGUUGUGGCUAGAGUUCCUGAUGGACUGACAAACGAAGAACUUGUGAGGAGUGCUAUUCUUCAAAGAAUGCAGAACUAAUUAAGCUACCAGUUGAUCUCAUAAUAAGUAACAUAAAAUGUUGUCAACGUGUGUUUGGCUUUCUUUUUUCUUGAAUAGUUUGCAUCUGUUAUGUCUUUCUCUAUAUAGUGCUUUGUUUAAUUAUAAAGAACAACAAUAUUGUUAAAAUUGUUCUUUGAGUGCUCUUCGUUUUUUCGUAGUUUCUUUGAGUACUCUUUGUUUGUAGUUCCUUCGAAUGCUCUUCGUUUUUAUGGUUUCCAUUGUUCUUAAAA